AUGCCGGGGACAUCUCCGAAGAGGACUUCUUGUACCAGUACAUCUCGGGGUUUCCAUUGGAGCAUCGCCCAGAUUUGCUUGGGGGCCAUGGAAGUGAACAGUUUCACCACCACGGAGCGGUUUUAUAGCCUCAUGUGCCUCAUCUUGGGGCUUCUCUUCGGGAGCACUCUGGUCUCAUCGCUGUCGACUGCGAUGUUUCAAGUUCAGAUGGACAUGCGUGACAGCUACUUGAAGAUGAAACUCGUUCAUUGUUACUUGCGCGAGAAAGGGGUUGACCGCAACUUGGCGGUACAAGUUGAGAGGCAAGUCGCUGAGCGACUCCGACAGAAAGGCAAACUCACGGAGGACAAGGUCACCGCUCUUGAUUGUAUGUCCGCGUCUUUGCGAUCAAAAUUGCGACUCGAUGUGUUUGGACGCUAUUUGAAGCAACAUCCUUUGUUUCGUUUGUUCAUGAGCAUCGAGGUGGAGCUGGUUGAAACUCUUUGCCGGACCUGUAUGAAGUAUACCCAUCUAAGACGGCAAGAUGACGUCUUCCAUCCAGGUUACGAAGCGUCGCGUGCGUACUUCUUCGUCUCUGGCGCCAUCGUGUACAGACAGGAGCCGGGGUCAUCGCUUGCAGCUGGACACGGCACAAUCGAGAGCUACGUCCGAGAACAAAGCUGGAUCUCUGAGGCGGCACUUUGGUGCCACUGGAUUCACGUAGGGCAUGCGCAAGCGUCCGACGCCACCGAGCUGGCAGAGCUUCACAUCGAGCCCUUCAUCGAGGCCGUGGACCAAGACUCAGCGGGCUCCGAGCUCGUCCGCGCCUACGGCGUUCAGUUCCACCGGCGCUUGCAGUCGGCAAAGCCCCCCACGGCAGACUGGCCAGACGACCUGCAGGUCCCGAUGACAGACUGGUCCGACAUCGUCUUCUCCAUGGGCGAGUGGGCGCAGGUGAUCAUCGGGACGGACGCCGUCCGCCAGACGUUCCACUCGCGCCACCAGCAUCUUCGCUCCAAGGCCUCCACGCUCAGCGCGCUCACCGCGGAGAUCAGGGAGGGGAGGUCCACGGUGAUGCUGAAUGCUUCGGGCGAGAUGGAGCGCAUCGUGUCGCUGGCGGCCUUGGAGAUCCACAACGACCGCCUGCAGCUGCUCGUGGAGCUCGGAAAGAGCGAUACUGGGAGCAUGGAGCCAUCAGGCAAGCUGCCCGGAGGCAAGCAGCAACGUGGCGAACUCGUUCGAGAAACAGUGGAUCGUCUGCUGGACACCAAGCUGGCGCCCAUCUGCCCCCAGCUGGAGGUGGGACACUUAAAGCGAGAUCUUCAGUGGAAACCGUCGCAGGAGUACGGGGUCCGCACCAAGUACAUCAGACACGUCGUCAGCCUGUCGUUCAGUGGGGAACUGGAAGCAGGCGGCGCGGUGAACGUGAUCCGAUGCGAUCCGACGCGGAGAAACAGUUACUGCAGUGCCAACGCGGCCGAGUCUCCCCUGCCCAAUAUUUCGCCCACGACUAAUCCAGCGGCACGUGCCCGGAUAAGCAGCGCCUUGGCUCACAGUUUGCAGCAGCGCGACGUCUUUCACAUCGUGGGCAAGCAGGGGAAGGCCGGCUUCUACGCGUGGUUGGCCAGCUCGGAGUUCGAGGCAAUCAGCAGUCUUUCUGGCGAGCGCUUCCUCACCCAGUGGGUGUCGGCUCUGAAUGCAGCCAUGGGCGAAGUUUUGGCCAGAGACUCUCUGGUCGCCGGUGUGACAGGCACAUGCGAGACGCUGGAGGCAGCGCCCUCGUGUCCCACCACGACGAGCCCGCACUUCUCCUUCUCCCAGCUGGCUGCGUCGCAGUCGCUGUGA